AUGUUCACUGGAAAAGGAUCCCCUUUAUUUAAAUUUGAUCCGAGAAGAUAUAAAGAUGAGACUACUUGCCGUUCAAAUGACUCUAAGUUGAAAAAUGGAUCGACAUUGAAAGAUUCCAAGUUGCGGCAAUUUGAUUUGCCUUUAUAUCGUUACAACGCCAAGAAAUCUUAUCUUUCAUCGGCACUAUGGUACGACAGCGAGGAAGGAGUAUCAGAUGUAUACGACGCCGACGCUGCCGGUGCAGAUCGCGGAUUCAUCGAACGCAAACGGAUCAUGAGCAAUGCCCGUACCGUUGAUCUCAUUGGUCAUCUACACUGCGACGUAUUCAAUCAAGACAAAUUUUUACUCAACGGUGUGGAACUGCGUCUUCGCCUCGUGAGAUCGAGAGAUAGCUUUUGCAUCAUGGAAGCCGAAAAUCGCCACAAGCUACACAUCCUGGAAACUUCGCUGCUCGUUCGUCGGGUGAAGAUCAGCCCCGGAAUCUUGUUGGCGCAUGCACGGACACUAGCCAAAGGUACAGCAAAAUACCCCGUGACCAGAGUCGAGGUGAAAUCCUUUACCAUACAUGCAGGAGUACAAGCAGAAGCACUGGACAAUGUGAUACUCGGUCAGCUACCGAAACGAGUGAUAAUCGGAUUUGUCAGCAAUAAAGCCUUCAACGGAGACCGACAACGCAAUCCAUUCAAUUUUCAAAACUACUCUCUGAAUUUUCUCUCGUUGUACGUCGACGGAGUGCAAGUUCCAUCGAAACCGCUACAGAUGAACUUUGGCAAAGACGAUCUCUACGUGGACGCCUAUCACACCCUCUUCUCCGUUCGCCAAAGAAAAUUGUCUAAUUCUAAAAAUCUGGCAUUUGAUUUAACUCCCGAUCUCUUCGCCAACUGUCCGUCUCACUGGUCGCUCAUUAAACACGGAACUCUCAGGGUCGAAGUGCGCUUUGACGAAGCCCUCAAAGAAACUUGGAUGCUGCACGUCAGGUCAUUACAGAUUUUUCGGGGUAAGAGUUACUCCUCUCCCAUCUCGGGCGCUGUCGCGACACAGCAGGUGGUGACUUCCGCUAGAGGGGACGCGCUCACUCCUCAACUCCAACGUCUUCAAGGGGAGCAUCAGGCCAGUUGGAGACAUUGA